CUGCGCAUGCGCGAACGCUAUGUCAUGGGUCAAUGUGUGUAUGUCCGUGUCGAAACAACUUGUCGGAGAUAAAUUAUUACCAUUAAAACAUCACGAUGCCACCAACUCAAGCUGUAGCUUCGGAGGACCAGGAAAAGUUGCUGGAGGAGGCCCAGCAGGUCGUCAAGGUCCAAGCCUUCCAGAUGAAGAGAUCUCUUGAUAAAGGAAAGUUGAUGGAUGGCUUAAAGAAUGCAUCCAACAUGCUUGGAGAGCUUCGUACAUCACUGCUCUCCCCUAAAGGCUACUAUGAACUCUACAUGAGUGUGUGUGAUGAGUUACGCCAUCUGGAGCAGUACCUUCUAGAUGAGUACCAGAAAGGUCACAAGAUCGCUGACCUUUAUGAGCUGGUCCAAUAUGCAGGAAACAUCGUCCCUAGACUAUACCUGUUGAUCACAGUGGGUAUCGUCUACAUCAAGGCACACCAGAGCUCCAGGAAGGACAUCAUGAAGGACCUGGUGGAGAUGUGCAGGGGUGUUCAGCAUCCCCUCAGAGGACUGUUCUUGAGGAAUUAUCUUCUGCAGUGCACCAGGAACUACCUCCCGGACACUGAACAGGAUGAAAGCGAUAACCCUGAGACAGCUGGUGGAAACAUCGAAGACUCCAUCGACUUCAUCCUGCUGAACUUUGCGGAGAUGAACAAGCUUUGGGUUCGCAUGCAGCAUCAGGGCCACUCGAGGGAUUGGGAGAAGAGGGAGAAGGAGCGCAAUGAGCUCCGGAUCCUGGUGGGGACCAACCUGGUCCGACUGAGCCAGCUGGAGACUGUGGACGUAGAGAGGUACAAGAAGGACAUCUUGCCAGAGGUGGUAGAGCAGGUUGUAAGCUGUAGAGACACCAUUGCACAGGAAUAUCUAAUGGAAUGCAUCAUACAGGUAUUUCCCGACGAGUUUCAUCUUCAGACCCUGAGUAUAUUCCUCAAGGCCUGUGCUGACCUCAACACGGCCGUCAAUGUCAAGAACAUCAUCAUCGCCAUGAUUGACAGGUUAGCGUUGUUUGCUUGCCGUGAUGAUACUGCCGGUAUCCCAGCAGACCUCAAGCUCUUUGAUAUCUUCUCUCUUCAAAUUGCAGGAAUCAUUGAGGCUCGAAGUGACAUGCCUACUGAAGACAUCGUGGCCCUCCAGGUGUCCCUGAUCAACCUGGCUCUCAAGUGCUACCAGGACAGAGUGGAUUACAUUGACAAGGUUCUGGAGACAACUGCGUCCAUCUUUGAGAAACUCAAGUUGGAACUUCUGAAGAACAACACUGCUGUUGCCAAGGAGCUGCAGCGAUUGCUGAAGAUACCUGUCGACUCCUACAACAACAUCCUGACCUUGCUCAAGCUGGAACACUUCGUCCACGUGGUGGAGUACCUGGACUACGAGGGCCGCAAGACCAUCAGCGCGUACAUCGUCAACAACGCCAUCGAUAACAAUCUUCCCGUGCCGAGCCAGGAGCAGGUUGACCAGAUCCUGACAUUGGUGGCGCCCUUGGUGAAGGAUCAGCCCGAUCAACCAGAAGAGGAAGACCCUGAAGAUUUUGCCGAAGAGCAAGGCCUGAUGGGAAGGUUCAUCAAUCUGUUACAAGCAGAAGAUGCAGACCAGCAAUAUCUGAUUUUAAACACAGCAAGAAAACACUUUGGCGUAGGAGGGAACAAGAGGAUAAAGUACACAUUACCACCCCUAACAUUCUCUGCAUUCAGGUUAGCUUUUACAUACAAGGAACUGGGUGAAGAGGAUGAUAAAUGGGAGAAGAAAUGUCAGAAGAUCUUCACGUUCUGCCAUCAGACCAUCACAGCGCUGAUCAAGGCCGAGCUAGCGGAGCUUCCUCUACGACUGUUCCUACAGGGCGCCCUCGCUGCCGGGGAGAUCGGCUUUGAGAACCACGAGACGGUCGCCUAUGAGUUCAUGUCACAGGCCUUCUCCCUCUAUGAGGAUGAGAUCAGCGACUCCAAGGCUCAGCUGGCAGCCAUCACCCUCAUCAUCGCUACCUUUGAGCGCAUGAGCUGCUUCGGAGAGGAGAACCAUGAACCCCUACGGACGCAAUGCGCCCUUGCCGCCUCCAAACUACUCAAGAAGCCUGACCAGUGCCGCGGGGUCGGUGUCUGCUCCCACCUCUUCUGGUCCGGAAGGAGUACGGAGAGCAACGGUGAAGAGAUCCAUGAUGGCAAGAGGGUAGCAGAGUGUCUCAAGAAAGCCUUGCGGAUCGCCAACCAGUGUAUGGACCCUACUGUUCAGGUGCAGCUCUUUGUAGAGAUCCUCAACAGAUACAUCUACUUCUAUGAGCGUGGUAAUGAUCAGAUUACUAUCCAGGUGCUGAACCAACUCCUGGACAAGAUCAGAGAGGACAUGCCAAACCUUGAGGACAACGAUGAGACGGAACAGAUCACCAAGCACUACAACAACACCAUCGACCAUCUUAGGAAUAAACAGGAGAGUGCAGAGGAAGGGCCGUCAUUCGAGGGACUCGCACUAUAGGAGAUCAUGUAGAGGAGGUGAGAUGAUCAUGUGAUGGGUUUGAACCGCAACGAACAUUAGGUCGCCACCAUCAGCAAUCGUAGGAGUGAAGACUGCCAGGUAGGGCGUGAUUACAUAUCGAGCCUCUGGAGGACUUGUCAAGUGGCGGUGAUCAUCUCUAAUGAGAAAUUGGACCAUGGAAUUAUAGAGAAAAAGCUUUGACUGAAACGUGCAGAUUGAUUCAGACGAUGAUGUUUCUGAAUGUUUUCCUGAAUGGAAUCAAAGUCCUAGAGAAACUAACUUCUGUAAGAAAUGGCAAAUGAUGCUUAUGCAACACUACUGAUAUUUAAGAUGGAACAAGUGAAGACUUCAUGUCAUUAUUUAAAACCCCUCUGCACUACUUAUAGCUACUUGCGCCCUCUAUAUAGCAAACAAUGCCUAAUCGGUGACCAUUGGUCCCCCAUGGUCCCCUUUUUCUUAUGGUAAUUGAAUACUGAUUUGAUGAGAUUAACACCUGUCGGUGACCAUGCAGGGAGGUCUAAUCCCUCCUGGCCAAACUAGUUCUUGGGGCUUUAAAGACCGCUGCUAUAUAUGUAGCUUUUUAUAACCGUGAAAAUUAAAAAUCUGAUAAAGUUGACUAAAUCUCUGUCAUAAAUCCUAUUGAAUGUUCUAAAAUCUGGUUCAAUCCUAAACAUAGGUAAUAAGCUUUUCUGGUCUUAGAUAGAUGUGUUGAAUAGAAAUCUAAAUUAAGUUUUAAUCUGGAAUUUGAGCUGCUACAGUCUUUUGAGGAUACAGCAUAAUUCAAUAAAUAAAUAAUAAUCUCAACUUUUCCAUAAAGCAAAGCUUGCCAUUUUACUUACUUCAACAGAUAAACAUGUACAUGUAUUUGAAAUUAUGAAUAUAAAAUAAUAUAACUGACCAAUGUUUAGUUUUAGUUGUUUAGCAUUCCAUGCUGUUAAGUUUGACCUUGAUGUUUGUUACAACACAGUUUUCUCUAUAAAUGACAUAAUUUACUGAAAGAAAUUUGAAAUUUGUCGAUCAUUGAAUUAUAGUAAUGACAUAAAGGCAUUUCUGAGUGAUAGGAAAUUAGAAUUUCAAUACUUGUAAUCAAGGUUAUUCUGUCUGUAUGUACAACUUUUUUUUAAUUACUAAAACAGCUUUUUUUUUAAAGCAGUCUUCAUUAUUGAAGCAGAUAUUAACUUUAUGCAGGUUCAUUUUUUACUCAAUUCUUUUCUGUCUAUUUAAUUCUUUUCUUUGGGGGAGGGGGUUUUCUCCUUUGAAUGAUUGAUUAUUAUAUCGGGCGGAAGUGUAAUUAUCCACCCUCGGUAACAUGGAAACAGUCUAAACACUAUCAGACUGUUCCAAAGUUACCUUGUGAUGAUAAUCCGUACUAACCCCCAUGCAAAAUUUUGUACCACUGCAAAAUGAAUUUCAAUCAGUCUGAUAAUCAGUCAAAUAUCAAAUAUAUUUAUAUGGUGGAGUCUAGGCCUGUUGACAUGAUAUAUAAUCUCAUAAAAGGGUCUUGGGAAUUAUCUCAAAAUGAAUGAAUGGUGAUUUUUUCUCUGGCUAUUGUUUAUGAUUGUAAUGAAAGAUGUUGAUGGUCUGGAUAUGGGAGUCUAAUCUUUUCAAUCUUUUAUUAUUUGUAAGACACCUCUACAUUCUAAUGAUUACUUUCCUACAGCUCGUAUGGUAUGAUCAGGUCAUAGAAAAAAAAAGAAGAAAAAACACAAUUUUCACCACGUAUGAUCAAGUUGUUUUAGACGACCAAUACUUGAACAGCUAUGAAUCAUUCAAAUAUAGUAUUGGGGUUUUUUUCUGCUGAAAAUACAAGUACUUAUGCAUGACAAGUAAUUACUUAUUUGACCUUACAAGUUUUUAAAUUCUUAUUUAAAAGAAAUAAAUAUGAAAUGCAAUGUCAACAUGCUAUACUGUGUAUGUAUAUACAGCAUAUAUAUCUCUUGUCCUCAAUGUAUUGUUUUAUGUUUUAAAUACAUUGUAGUAAUAACAUGUACUAUGUUAAUUGUGUAUAAUAUAUUAUAGUGAUAUGAAUGUUGUAAAGAUGUGUUUCUGAAGAAGAAAGGAGGAUGCCAAGAUAUUUUCAAAUAAAGUAUAUCAGAAAUAUCAUA